CACAUUACAGGUGGGGAAAUGUGCGUCCUGAUAACCAAGUUAAAGUGUUCAGCGCCGUUAUUCGGGCUCUCACCUCUCCUCCGGCAUGGCCCCCAGCAGCGUGGGGAAAUGCGCGCUGUUGUUCUUCCUCGCUGUUGUUUUUGAUGUAUCUGGUUUGGUUGUACUUCUCGUCGGGAUUUUCGGCAACCUGAACUUGGACGGCCGCUUCUACGGGGAUUUCCUCAUAUACACGGGCUCGAUCAUUAUUUCACUCAGUUUGGUGUGGUGGGUUUUGUGGUACACGGGCAACGUCCAGCUGUACGAGGAGGACAGGCCGGGCUCCCUGGACAUCACUUUUACGCACUGGGCCAGAAAGCUGUCGGAGAGGCUCUCCAUAGGCGGCAUGAGAGCUCUGGAAGCCGGAGAGGGGAAGAAGAAGAGCGUGGGGAAUGGGAAGGAGAUAAACGGGACUCUGGGUGCUGUUUCGCCGUGUCGGAUUAUGUGGGAAAACAGCUGCAGCAGUGGAGCCAAGUCGGGUUACGACAACAGAGGCUUUGACGAAGGGACCAAGUGCGCAUCUCCAGCUGACAAAAACGUGGAGAUGGGGGCGUUGAGGUGCUCAGACGUGGCUCUGCAGGCAGCGGAGACCAAGGCAGAGAGACUUCUCUGACAUGAGCUGGUGACAGGCAGCUUUCCUGGUGCUGAAGGAUGGGCCAUGCUGCUUUCCAAAAUCUCCAGCAGACUGAGAAAGUUGAGCUUCUGAACUAAAGUCACUUUUUUAUUUUUUAAUGGGAAAGACUAUUUCUUAAUCAGGGGAAGCCCUGCAUCCGGUAAGCGGAUGGGCUGUGCACAGAUGAAGAAAAGGUUUUUAACUUGUAAAUAGAACAUUUCUAUUUUUAUGUGCUGAUUUUCUGGCAGAUAUAACUCAUUUUUUUGGGAAUAAAGUUUACAUGUAAUUGGA